AUGGAACUAUUAUCCUGGUUUUUACAUAAAUAUAUUUUUCAUGGAGUUCUCUGGUUUAUUCAUAAGACACAUCAUAAUCGAACUCUUCAUUCAACUUUCGAACUUAAUGAUAUAUUUAGUUUAAUAUUUUCAUUGAUUUCUAUUAUAUUACUUUAUAUCGGUUGGUCUACACCUUCAUCAAUACAUCUUGCUAUAGGUUUUGGUGUCACAUUCUAUGGUUUUCUCUAUUUUAUAAUACAUGAUGGACUUAUUCAUCAACGAUAUUUAAGUUGGAAUAAGACAACAAGUAUUUAUUUAAAACAAAUUCAACGAGCUCAUCAACGUCAUCAUACUUAUCCAAAUAAAACACCUAGUGAAGAAUUUGGUCUUUUCUUAAUUAUUGGUCGUAAAUAUUGGCGUAAUAUGUUUAGAUAA